CCAGCGCAUCCGGGCGAACGUCAGAGCGGUCGGGGCUUUGUGCGGAGGCGGUGUUGGUGCGCUCGUUGGCGUGGCUGCGCAUUCGGCGGAUGUGAAUGACUGCUGGUGAUGUCGCGAGUCGCCCGUACGAUCCACGGAAAGAUGUCGGGGCUCCUGGGUGUUCUGCUGCUGGUCGCUGGAGCGAACUCUAUGUACGCGUCCAACUCAGCCGUCAUUGAUCUUAGGCCAAAUAAUUUUGAUAACUUAGUGUUAAAUAGCGAUCACAUCUGGGUGGUUGAGUUCUACGCGCCGUGGUGCGGACACUGUCAACAGUUGAUGCCAGAAUAUGAUAAAGCGGCCACUGCGCUAAAGGGUGUUGUAAAAGUUGGUGCAGUAAAUGCAGACGAGCACAAGUCCUUGGGAGGCAAAUACGGCGUCCGUGGUUUCCCGACGAUCAAGAUAUUCGGACUUGACAAGAAACCGGAGGAGUAUAACGGCCCGAGAAGCGCAGCUGGCAUCGUCGACGCUGCAUUAAAUGCCGCCAGCCAAAAAGUUCGAAAGUCAUUAGGUGGUAAAACUUCGGGAGGUGAAUCCAAAAGCAAAGAUUCCAAAGAUGUGAUAGAAUUGACGGACGAGAACUUCGACAAGACUGUUUUGAAUUCCGAGGAUAUGUGGCUGGUCGAAUUUUACGCUCCUUGGUGCGGCCACUGUAAGAAUCUGGCGCCUGAGUGGGCGACAGCGGCCACCGAACUGAAGGGCAAAGUCAAACUGGGAGCUUUGGACGCCACUGUAAACACAUUGAAAGCGAGCAAAUACGAGAUUAAAGGUUAUCCUACCAUCAAAUUCUUCGCGCCGGGCAAGAAGGACGCCGACUCGCUACAAGACUACGACGGCGGUCGCACGAGCGGUGACAUUGUUAACUGGGCGCUCGAGAAACUGGCCGAGAAUAUCCCGGCGCCGGAAGUGGUGCAAAUCACGUCCGAGCAGGCGCUGAGAGCCACGUGCGAGGACAAGCCGAUCUGCGUGGUUUCCGUUCUGCCACAUAUCCUGGACUGUCAGUCCGAUUGUAGGAAUGGAUACUUGAAGACUCUAAGUAACCUCGGCGAAAAAUAUAAGAAGAAGAUGUGGGGAUGGGUUUGGACCGAAGCUGGUGCCCAACUGCACAUCGAGGACGCGUUGGAAAUCGGAGGUUUCGGCUAUCCCGCGUUAGCGGCCGUUAACAUCAAGAAAAUGAAAUACUCUUUGCUGAAAGGUAGUUUCUCGUACGAUGGAAUAAACGAGUUCCUACGAGAUCUCAGCUACGGCAGAGGUGGCACCGCGCCCUUGAAGGGCGCUAAGUUGCCUGUCAUCAUCGAAACAACACCUUGGGACGGCAAGGACGCCGAACCUCCGCAGGAGGAGGAGAUCGAUCUUAGCGAUGUUAAUCUAGAUGAGAAGGACGAACUGUAACUUACUGAAAGCCAACGACUAAACUCUUCUUAAAAGAAUUCAUCGCACACAACGUAUAUCGUUUCUGAUCAAAAACUGAGUAAGGACGUUAAUCGGGAAUCGGUAUACAAUAAUUCAUACUCGCCCGAAAAUUUAUUUUGUAUCAUCAGACUUAAUAUCUAUAUAUAUAUAUAAUAUAUAUAUAUAUAUAUAUAUAUUUAAGAGAUUACAUUCAUUAAUUUCGUAAUGAACUUAAUGGUAAGGAAUAAUUCCACUACUCAAUGAUUUUUGUAUGAAAACCCAAUAUCGAGAGAGAUAUAUAUAUAUAUGUAUGUAUAUAUAUAUACACGAUAUAAUCAUUUGUCGCUCUGUGUAUCCUAAGGAAGACCAGUUCUCAGGUGCAGUUGUCUAGUUUUAUAAAACACACGUUUAAGUAACUCUUCCAUCCGAAAAGCCAAUUUUAUACAAUUUUGUGUUGCUUUAGGAGAAGUUUAGACUCUCGUCAUAAACGUACGCAUGUAAUUCCCAUGUUUGCAUCGAUCUCCAUGUGUUUUUGGAUAGGAAAAAGGUAGAGCAGUUUAAAGUACGCGCUCCGUGUGUCAUAAUGCAUUUAUUGGCCUGAUGAUGCUUACUUUUCAAAAGUAAGUUAUCUAAGGUACACAUAGUUUAAUGUAAAAAAAUCCUAUUUGUAAUAAAUAUACAUCAUACAUUUACAUGUA